CUCAGGCACACGCCUGGUGAAGGUCCACGCCAUGAAAUUCCCCGGCGCUUAGACGCCCAUUCACAGCGGCUCCUUAUUGAUACCCAAAUCGGGUAUAGCUUGAUAUCAAGCCAUCCUGAUGGAACAGAACUGUGCAAUGUCGUGGGAGGAUCUAUAAACGGGUGUCUUGAAAAUGACGCCCGGCCCCGCGCUCUUCUUUCUUUUCACGAUGCCCAUGGAUUUGCAGCUUUCUCUUUUCUUCCUCGAGCCAUUUGUAUCAUUUCGCUGUGCGAAAGUGUCAAGCCUUGCGGGGAUCGCGGGUGUAUUGAAGUGACGUUCAUUCAUUCAUUUCAUUCGCUCGAUAUCCUGCUGAAAGAUGGUUUCCUUGAGGCUGCUUAGCACGGUAGCCCCGUUGACGUUGUUGGUUAUUCCUUAUUCUAUCUCGGUUUCUGCAAUCGAAGACCCCACGCCAUUACAAACCUGCUUCGAUUUUACGGGGAGACCGUUAACGAAUAAUACGCAAUGUCCUGGUUCGAACGCUUGCUGUCACUAUCUACACCAAUGCACAGGCAAUCGGCUUUGUACUCAGCCAAAUUCUCCCGAAUACGUUAACGCUUUGUGUGCGGUUAAUCCGUGGCAGAACUGCUCGAAUAUAUGUCAAUAUGGAGCGAAUGGCGAUGGCUAUCUACCACGCGUAAGGAGAUGUUUGAAUGGCAGCUACUGCUGUGACUCGGACAAAAACUGCUGCGACAAGGGCAACGGCAUCUUUCUCGACAGCGAAGGAAACGUAGUUCAAUCUUCCACCUCCCAACCCUCGUCGCCGACAAGUACGUUAUUUUCACCAUUAUCCGAUCUGCCUGCCUCAGCAGCCAGUGUUACUUCAUUUCCAUCAAUUGCUCCCACAACUACUCCGACAUCAGCUCCAAAAUCCUCCACACUUCCCUUAGCUGUGAACAUCGGCAUAGGCGUUGCAGUUGGUUUUAGCUUACUUUCGUGUGGGAUUUUAUUUGCUAUUUAUCUUCAAAAGAGACAGAAGAAUAAGACCAACCAGAAUAACGAGUCCAAAGGUCUGCCACCCGAUGGGGAGGGUUGGCCAGUGAGCAAUAGUCGGAGCAUGUGGCCUCAAGAAAUGGCACAUUCACCAAUCCCUCAUGAAUUUGAAAUGCCUAACGAUUCGAUACGUGUGGAACUGGCGGGCGAUAUGCCCCCGUACCCCGAACUGUAUGGUUCAGGGUUAAAAUGCGAUAUAAAAAAGGGGCCUCCAACCAUGAUUUAAUACAUAUAUCAUGAGCGAGCUAAUAGCUUGUAUUCUUAUUCUUAUAGUCUGAUAAUUUAGACAGUGUCAAGCGUUUGGCGAAGCAUUUUGAAUUGCUGGUUGUGAUCUCUGAUUCAGCGCAUUUUCUUUUGAUGUCCCACUCCCAAUGUGUCUCGCUAUGUUCUUGUGCUAGCUUUUCCAGCAUUAUUGGAUUUUACGGGAGUUUUGCUAAUUGUUGCCAUUGUAGAUGACUGGGAGUAUUUUAUGUGAUGUUCAGGUUUGCUUUUUAAGCUUGAAGCAAGGCG